UGCUAAAAUCGUUUUAAUUUGGAUCACACAUUUUUCACUAUCUGCCAUGUAUUUGCGCUGGUUAAUGUUUUUUCUUGCUUUUGGUUGGGUGACCGCUACUGAUAACUGCAGUUAUAAGGGACUUAUUGAACAUCUUGGCUUAGACAGCGAUAACUUUCAGAUGAAGUCUCUCCGCCCGGUGUAUAACUUCAGCAACCCUACUGGAGUUCUGGUAGACUUGUUUGUGACCUCCAUCACAGAUGUGAAUGAAAAAGCCCAAAGCUUCGCAACACAGAUCACACUUGUAUUGGGUUGGAUCAAUGAAUUCACAAGGUGGAACGACAGCAACUUUUGUGGGCUCCAAACAUGUACAAUUGAUAAAGAUAAGAUGUGGAUACCAGACAUUACCAUUGCAGAAAGCAUCAAAGCAGAAUUUGCAUCUGUGGAAAAUCCUUAUGUAAAGAUGUUCAAUUUUGGUGGUGUACUCCUGUCCGAAACCUUAAUUUUGACCACCGCCUGCAAGAUGGACCUGUACAAGUUUCCCUUUGAUGUCCAAACAUGCGAGCUGACAGUUCAGUCUUCAUUGAAUUCAAUCGAUGAGCUUACAGUCAAUCCAUUUUCUGAUGCCUCAUUUAUGACUGCCAGCUCUAAGAAGUCUUUUCAAACUCAGGGGGAGUGGGAACUCCUCAGCAUUACCGUGUCUAAAUCCAAUAUGUCUACUCUUGGAUAUGUAUUGGAUCAGCUGAAAUUUCAGAUCACCAUAAAAAGGAGGCCUCUACUGUAUAUCAUCAACUUCAUAUCACCAGUGUUUUGCUUUCUUGUGUUGGAUGUGGCCUCAUUCUUCAUGAAUUCAGCAGAAGGAGAGAAGCUGGGCUUUAAAGUGACUUUACUUUUGGCGAUUUCUGUGUUACUGCUCAUUCUUAAUGACACGCUGCCCUCUACUGCCAAGGAGGUCCCAUUGAUCGGGCUUUUCUGCAGUGUGAUUUUCAUUCUCAUUGGUAUCAGCAUUCUGGAGAGCAUUCUUGUGGAUUUUCUGAUGGCUAGAGGAGAUCAGAUUGAGGAUUCCACAUCUACUGUUACUGACACUGCAAAAGAUUCAAACAGCCUACCAGACCCAGAAACAGAUCAAAGUGAAGAACGUUUAAGUACCCUGGACUGUCUGAAGCAAAUACUCACUGAGUUUCGGAAUGCAGCCAAACCUAAAGGCGGUGCGAGGACAACCGGGUGCUGGCACAGAGCGGCAAUGAUAAUCAACGUUAUUUUCAUUGUUGUCUACAUUCUCAGCAUCAUUGUGUUUCUGAUAGUAGUUAGUAAAGCUUGGUUCAUAUAGUGAUAUCAUAUGUUUUUAUUUAUGAUAUGGCACAAGCCUUUUUGCAUAGUUUAAAAGCGCAAUGUAGCCUAAAAAAUUGAUUGGUCAAUUGUUUUUUCUCGUUUUUUCCAUUUAUGCACAUAUUCUCCUGCAUAUGACUUAUGAAUAAAGCAUGAUUCAAGCAAAAUAGAUAUUUGUGUUUGUGCAAUAAAUAAAUACUCAAGAAAACAUUUACGAUUGUAAUUUUAUAAGGAUUUUUAUGGGAUGCCAAAUUAUAUACAUGUAACGUGCAUGCACUCACACACAUUUAUAUUAAAAUUGGGUUACACUUUAUUGUAAGGCGUCACUGUUACAGUGUAAUUAUAUAUUUAAGUACCAAGUAAUAAUCAUCAACAACAUGUACUUGCUGUAGGGUUGGGGUUAGGAAUAGGGUUUGGUUUAGGAUUAUUUGCAUGUAAUUAUGCCUAAUUAACUGUUAUUACUAUAAUAAUUACAUGUAACAUGUAUAACAAAGACACUGUAAAAUAAAGUGUUACCUAAAAUUGUUUCUGAAAUGUAUUAUCUGAGCUAGA